GUCAAAUAGCAACACUUAGCAUUGUUGUGUUCCGGUUUGAAUGACAAUUGAAUAUCUGUCGCGUAACAAUCCCCAGUCGAUAAUGAUAAGCUAGCCAAUGAUUAUCUACUCUUACAUACACUAUAAAUAAACUGAAACAAAUAUUUCAUAUACAAUAUUCAUCAAGCAGGAGUUGCGUUAACACUAAUUCUUAAAAAAUGCCUCCGAACGCAACCGAUUCAACCUUUAACGCGGAUCCCGAGGGCAAUAUAAAUAAUUUAAAAAGUGUUGAUCAAGUUCCACAGGCAGAUGUGAAAAAUACAGAAAGUUAUUCGUUGAAGAUAUUUCAAUCUUCACUAAAUCUGCUGGCUCACAUAUUAAUUGGAGCUACAGUGGGGAUUUCAAUUCUUUUUUCGUUCAGAAAUGGAUUGCCGAUGGGAACGACUCCGCUACAUAUUGUUUUAUGUGUGAUUGGUUACCAGCUACUAAUGGCCGAAGCAAUUCUUAGUUUAUGCCCUCAUAAUGGAUGGUCUGCUAGUCUUCGGCUAGUGGACAAACGCAGAGCACACACUAUCUUGCAAAUUUUGGGCUCAGGACUUGCUGUAGCUGGAAGCGUAAUAAAGGCUUUAGAUAAAUCAGUCAACUGGAACACGUUACAUGGUCAAUUUGGUCUGGUGGCUAUGGUGUUUACCACCGUGAGUCUCGUUAACGGAUUGUCAUCGCUCUACGCCUACGAAUUGCGCAAAUGUCUUCCUGGAAAUUUGUCUAAAAUCACUCACAUCUGUUUCGGUAUCGUGGCGUUCGGCGCAUCUUGUAUUUCCCUCUGUUACGGCUUUGACAAGAAUAGUUUCAAAAAUUGGGCAACACCCCCCCUUACAUACACCAUCAUGGGUUUCACAGCCUGUUUCACAGCAAUUAUUAUCAUAAACCCGACAAUUACAUUCUACAGCAAAACUUUGCGUGUCUUCAAAAAAUGAGCUGACAGUAUUAUUUAACAUAUUGGUAUUAUAUAAAAACUUUUAGCAUUCGAAUCUCAGAAUCCUUGAAAUAAAUAA